AACCUGUGUGAAAUGUUUCUGUGCACUGCAGUUUUUAGUUAAUCUGUGGUGGUACUGAUAACUGACACAGAGCAGCUGUCAUGUCAGCUAUGGGGAGCAUACAGCAGAGAAACCUACGCUAUUUGGCCCUUGUCUUUUUCCUCCUGACCGCUUCUUCACCUGCUGCAGAUGGUCAGAUCAGACUAGCUGGGUCCGGGUCUACUCGGUGCUCUGGGAGAGUUGAAAUCUAUUACAACAACGCCUGGGGAACAGUCUGUGAUGACAGCUGGGACUUAAAUGAUGCUGAGGUGGUGUGCAGGGAGCUGGACUGUGGUGCAGCACUGAGUGCCCCUCAGUUGGCCCAUUUUGGUCAAGGAACCGGUCAAAUCUGGUUUGAUGAUGUGGCCUGUUCAGGAAGUGAAAGGUCUCUGACUCAGUGUCAGCAUGGAGGAUUUGGGAAACACAACUGUAGACAUGGUGAGGAUGCUGGAGUGGUCUGUUCAGAGAGCCUCUCAAAGCCCAGCAUCUCCAUGAAUCCUGCUGGUGAGGUUACCUGGGGUCAGGACGUCAGCAUCACUUGUUCCAUCUCAAUUCAGGUUAAUUUAGGUGGAACAUUCCUCCUGCAGCAGACCUCAGGCUCAUUCAGAAAGACCCAAACAUCAAGUACCAACUCUGCUACCUUCAUUAUACCUAAAGUGAACUUUGAUAACGAAGGAUCGUACCAGUGUCAGUAUCAGACAAGUGUUUCCAGUCGAGUCUUCAGCUCCACUUUAAGUGACUCUGUCAGACUCUCUGUUACUGUGAGACUUCCAAAGCCCAGCAUCUCCAUGGAUCCUGCUGGUGAGGUUACCUGGGGUCAGGACGUCAGCAUCACGUGUUUGAUCUCAACUCAGCAUUUAGGUGGAACAUUCAUCCUGAUGAAAACCUCCAGCUCCUUCAGAACGAACCAAACAUCAAGGACCAACUCUGCUUACUUCAGCAUCUUGCAUGUUGAUUUUGUCAACGAGGGAUCGUAUCAGUGUCAGUAUCAGACAAGUGUUUCCAGUCGAGACUUCAGCUCCCCUUUAAGUGACUCUGUCAGACUCUCUGUUACUGUGAGACUGCAGCCGCCCAGCAUCUCCCUGACGUCUCCUAACAGAGGUUCAGAGGUCACCAGGGGUGACAGCUUUGUCUUCACCUGCUCCACUUCCUCCCACUAUCCCACUGGUGUUUUCUUCCUCAUCUUCUCUGGCUCCAACAUCACUGACCCCAAGCCAGCAGUCAACCACUCAGCCUCCUUUAACUUCCCUGCUGCUGAGUACGAACACCAGGGCAACUACAGCUGUGUGUAUGAAGUCACAUGGUCUACACGGAAAUACACUUCUCCCAUGGCUGCACCAAUUAGUGUCCUCAUCAAAAUGCCUUUGUUGCCGCUGGUCUCCUCAGUAGCAGGUGGGGGUCUGCUGCUGCUCCUGCUGGUCUUGGUGGUGGUCUGUCUGGUUGUCAGGAGAAGACGGCGAGCCAAGCAGCCUGGAACCAUCUUCCAAACUCAAUUGUCUGUCAGAGGCAGUAACGAUUAUGAAUAUUACGAAGAUUAUGAUGAUGAGGAGGACUAUGUGAGUGUUGACCCAGUAUACACCAAGGGGAAACUCGAAGAGGAAGCAGGGAGAGGGGAAAAAGAGGAGAGUGAUGAAGAUCAUGAUUAUGAGGAAGCUGGCCCCGAUGCAAAUUCUAUAAAGGCCACAGCGGUCUGUUUCCAUGUGAAGGACAACAGAGAAGCAGAAAGCAGUGAUGAUGAAGAUGACUAUGUAAAUGUAAACCAAAGCAGUGAUGAUGAUGAAGAUGACUAUGUAAAUGUAAACCAAAGCAGUGAUGAUGAUGAAGAUGACUAUGUAAAUGUAACCCAGCCAUUUGUUGAACAAACAGUGGACGUUUAUACGGAAAAUGAGGAUUUAAAUAUGGCAUAAUGUAAAUGUAGGAAUAGAACACCUAAAGGAUCAGUCAGUUGGUUUCUAGAUUCUUAGGUUUGGCAUUUACCUACAUUAACUACCAUCCACUGAUCUAAUUUGUUUACAAUAUUUUAAUAAAUUAGAUGAGUCAAAAAACAACUAUCCCUUUGGUUUUUGAUAUGACAAUCUGUAACUUCCUAGUGUUGCCAAGUUAUUGUAGGUGUGGCUUGUUAGAUAUAAACUCUGUACAAAACACAUGCAUAUCAUCUUUCUUUGACGUCCAGGGGCUGAGACCAAAAACUGAUUCUGACCUCUGAGGGCUCGCAGCACUGUUAAACACUCUAAAAUGUUUUGCAACGCUAGCAGCCUGCUAAACUAAUAGGUAGGUAGGUUCAUUUAUUGUCACAAUAUAUCAGGUUAUAUAAUGAAAUUGAGCUUUGUAACACUCUUCUGCUACGUAGAAAACAAAAUACAUUAACACAGAAAUAAACAAUAUUCAAUGAUCAAAGGAGCAGUGCUGAGGAUGAAUUAGAGUUUAAGAGUCUGAUAGGGUCAUUGAACCUAUAAUGACAUUUCCAUAAACAUCAGCUGUACUGUGGUUAGUGCUAAUUAGUGCAUGUUAACAAACUAAA